UAGAGGCCCGGAUGAGGCUUCGCCGCCAUUUUUAGUGGAGCUCUGCCGGUAGAGAGGGGGGACGCGCAGAGCCGUCGCUGUUCUGCCGCUUGGAGCCGCCGCCCGACAGACACUCGCCCACUGCCGCACCUCUUUUCCCUCCCUCCCUCCUUCCUUUCCUCCCUUCACCCGCAGGAAGAGCGCACUUCCCGGCCCCGAGCGCCAUGGGAGACCGCGAGGACCUCGUGUACCAGGCCAAGCUGGCCGAGCAAGCGGAAAGAUACGACGAAAUGGUGGAGUCCAUGAAGAAGGUGGCAGGCAUGGAUGUUGAGCUGACUGUGGAAGAGCGCAACCUGCUUUCUGUGGCCUACAAGAAUGUGAUUGGAGCCAGAAGAGCAUCGUGGAGGAUCAUCAGCAGCAUUGAGCAAAAGGAAGAGAACAAGGGUGGCGAGGAUAAGCUGAAGAUGAUCCGAGAAUACAGGCAAACGGUUGAGACGGAGCUUAAGUCCAUCUGCAACGACAUUCUGGAUGUACUGGACAAACAUCUCAUUCCGGCUGCAAACACCGGCGAGUCCAAAGUCUUCUACUACAAAAUGAAGGGAGACUACCAUCGGUACCUGGCAGAGUUUGCUACAGGGAAUGACAGAAAGGAGGCCGCAGAGAACAGCCUAGUGGCGUACAAGGCUGCGAGCGACAUCGCCAUGAUUGAGCUGCCGCCCACGCACCCCAUCCGCCUUGGCCUCGCCCUCAACUUCUCUGUGUUCUACUACGAAAUUCUUAACUCGCCCGACCGCGCCUGCAGGUUGGCGAAGGCUGCAUUCGACGACGCCAUCGCAGAACUGGACACGCUGAGUGAAGAGAGCUACAAGGAUUCAACGCUCAUCAUGCAGUUGCUACGCGACAACCUGACGCUAUGGACAUCGGACAUGCAGGGAGAUGAUUCCUAAGGAAAAAAACUCCAUUCCCUCUAAAACUGUACUUUGUGAAGAACAGACUAAAGAAGCGCUGCAAGAUGUUGAGGAUGACAACUAGUGAAAUUUCAUGGCCAACACGAGACCCCGCUCCCUUGCCCUGCGCACACUCCCUGUCCUCGCCCACACGUCAUCACGCUGGGAGCCACCAGUCUCUGCUCUCACCAUCGGCUCUCCUUGUGCCCCCUCCCUCGACCCUUAGUUCUUUCUUUUUUUUAUGAGUCUGUUUUUUUUAAAUGCCAGUUUCCUUUAAAGAACUUCAAUUUUUCUGGAAGAUGGAGAUUAGUCCUGGAAUAUCGCUGCCCCUUCCCACUCCUCGUUCCCUUACGACCCGGUACAAGCUCACUUGACCGCCGUUGGACCUGAAACCAUUCGCUGUUUUUCUUCAGAUCCCCCUCCCUCCCUUCACUCUGCAUUUUUAUCAGUUGCUGGAUGUAUUUUGAGUAAUGUUCAUGUAAUUACAGAAAUUUUUAUUACCAAAACAUCUGCUAUAUUUAGAUGUGGGGUACUGUAAUUCUGUGUUUAGUGCGAAAAUUAGAGAAGGGCAUUUGCAUUAAAGAGGAGUAAAGUGCCCUUUCUUAAGCCGUUAGCUUUCUGUUGCCGUUUCGGAGGAAUUGACCAGGAAGCCUGACGGUUCAGCUGAAGCGAAAUGCCCCCCCAUCUCCGCUGCUGCAGUGGUUACCGUCGCGUUGUGUGGUGUGUGGACUGUACUUUGUGCUCAAAUACUGUACGGCACGCAGCUCCUGUUCUUUCCAGGAGCCGUCCCGAUGGUCCCAUGAAGCCUCGCCGCUUUGCAAGACCCCUCAUUUGAGGAGGAGAUAAAAACGAAUGAAACUAAAGCAGGUGUGCAUUGGCCUCUGAUAAAAAAUCAUGUUUUUACGACCUGCAUGUGAUGAGCAAAUUUUUUUUUUCUUUUGUUUCUGCUGCCCCUCCUCUCCUUUCUCAUUCUUUUCUCUUCACCUCUCGCUCGUUUUUUCUUUUGUUUGGUAUGUGUAACUUGAAUCUAAUUUGUACUACUGGAUAUUUGACUGGAGCCACACAUACAGUCUGUAUUGUUCUUACUGAAACACAGCAUGGAAUCAACAUUAAACUUAAAAUAAAAGACCUGAAUUAAAAAUCCA